AUGUCGACCGACGCCGACAGCAACCCUCAAGAGUCGCAGUUCCAGAACAUUGGCGAUCUCGUCGAGCGCAAUGACGAGACCGGUGUGAUGAGCGUGGAGUCGCUCUGCAUGAACUGCCAUGAGAAUGGAACUACUCGUAUCCUCCUCCUGCGCGUGCCUUUCUUCAAGGACAUCGUGGUCGAUUCGUUCUACUGCGAACACUGCAACUUCGCCAACAACACUGUCAAGCCCGCUGGCCCCAUCUCCCCGUUGGGAUUGAAAUACACAUUAGACGUCCAGAAUCCCAACGACCUGCAACGCCAAGUCAUCCGAUCCGAUGCCGCCACCUUCAAGCUUGAUACUCUGGGUAUUGAGAUGCCCAAGGGCGGAGAGAUCAGCAACGUGGAGGGCAUGAUCCAGCGUAUGCACGAGUCGCUCUCCAGCGAGCAGCCUCUCCGCAAGGAGCAGGCUCCCGAGCUCCACGAUGCCCUUGAGCCCAUUAUCGCGAAGCUCAAGGCUAUCCUCGACCGCGAAUUCUUCCCCUUCACCAUUACCCUCGACGACCCGACCGGUAACUCUUGGAUCGCUCCCAACCCCAGCGACAAGACCAACUACCGCCGUGUGGAAUACCCCCGCACACACGAACAGAAUGAAGAGCUCGGCAUUACUGCCGACCACACUGAACAAGCUGUCGCCAAUGCGGUCGAUACCGAGAACCCCAUGGAUUCCGACAUCGUCGAUGGACAGGUUUACACCCUGCCCGCAGAGUGCCCGAGCUGCACUCGCCCGGUGGCUCUUCACAUCAAGAAGGUCUCGAUUCCCUACUUCAAGGACGUUCUGAUCAUGGCUAGCUCCUGCGCCCCGGAAGAUGGUGGCUGUUCCUACAAGCAAAACGAGGUGAAGGUGGGCGGUGAAAUCCCAGAGAAGGGUCGCCGUAUCACCUUGCGCGUGGAGAACGAAGUCGAUCUCAACCGUGACGUUCUGAAGUCGGGUACUUGCGCUCUGCACAGCGAAGAGCUCGAGCUGUACCUGGGCGCAUCCUCUAUUUCCAGUCGCUUCACCACCGUCGAAGGUCUUUUGACCGAUAUGCGUAAGCAAUUGCACGGUAACCUCUAUGAUCUCGGCUCCGGUGGUGGUGACAGCAUGGAGAAGUCCGAUAAGGAGAAGUGGGACCGUUUCUUCGAUCGCCUCGACCAGGCUAUCAACGGCGAACUGAAGUUCACUAUCACCCUGGAAGACCCGCUUGCGAACAGCUACGUUCAGGAUCUUUGCUCGCCUGCUAAGGAUCCUCAGCUGAACAUCGAAGAUUACGAGCGUACCGACGAGGAGAAUGAGGAGCUCGGUCUUAACGACAUGAAGACUGAAGGCUACGAGGAGGAUGCCAAGGCUGAGAACGAGGAGAAAGCAUAG